AUGGUCGCCAUUCUUACGCUCAUCGUGCCUAUCCUCGGGUUCCUCAUCACCAGCGCCCUUGGUGCGCCCAAGCCAAUGAGCGGGAAGGAAUUCAAAGAGCAAGGCGUCUGGGGCCCGACGGCAGUGUGGUACUGGCGAUGUCUGUCACCGUUCAUCAUCGAGGCCUCGUGGGACCUCGAGCAUUGGAAGCCAUCCAGCGUUUGCCUUGAGGGGACAUGCUGCUCCAUACUUGCGGACGGCCCACUUUGUAGCAAGGAUGCGUGCAGGUCCGUGUCCAAGGAGUCAGGCAAACCAAAGGCCCAGGACCCAUUGACGGUGACAGGAGGAAGAAGUCCUUCAAGAGGCACAUGA